AUUAGAGAGAGAGAGUGUGUUUGACAGAUAGAGAAAGAGAGAAGUGGCGAGAGGGAAAAGUUUCAUUUCUGAGAAAGAAAAAAAGAACUAGGGAAAAAAAAAAAAAGGAAAAUAGAAUUAGGGUUUGGUUGAGAACUGAUUCUUGAUAUUCGAUCCACUAAAACAUCAGGUUAUUUGUUUAUGCUUCUGAAGAUUCCUUAAGCUCAAGUAACUACUUCUACUACUACUAAAUCACUCACACACUUACUUGAUUUGAUCCUGGUUUGGUUCAUUUUCAGCUUUAAUGGCCUUGAUUAUGAAGUUGGUGCAUCCCCAAAGGUGUUACAGCAGGGAACUAUGUGCAGUUUAUGCAUAGAAGUCUGGCAUGUAUCCUGUCUAAAGAUUAAGUGGACCAAUGGAGUAUUUCUGGGUCUACAUUCGUUUUAAAGGUUACUCGUGCAACAUGUUCUUAAUCUUUGUAAUUUGGUUGUCUAGUUUUGAGAAUGUAACAGCACUGCGCACUUCAGUUAAAGCCACUUUGGAAAUUUCUUCUGCAAAUAGUAUUCCCGACCCUCCCAGCACUGGAGUCUUUGAACCCAUAGAAAUAUCGCCAGCAGUAAUUCCACGUUAUCCAUUCCCUGGAGAAUCUUUGCCACCUAUGUACCCUUCCUUUCCAACAACAUAUGAACCAGUCUUAACUGGGAAAUGCCCUGUAAAAUUUUCCGACAUUUCAGAUGUUAUGGACAAAACAGCAUCGGAUUGUUCGGCACCCUUGGCAUCAGUGGUGGGGAAUGUGAUAUGUUGUCCCCAGGUUAAUAGUUUACUUCAUAUCUUCCAAGGACACUAUAACAGUGACUCUGAUCAGCUAGUCCUUCAAAAAGCAGUGGCCGAUGAAUGUUUCUCAGAUAUUAUUAGUAUAUUAUCUAGCAGAGGAGCAAACAAGACGAUACCUGCACUUUGUUCAGUAAAGUCUUCUAACCUUACAGGGGGCUCUUGUCCUGUGAAAGACACGGUCACCUUAGAGAAAAUGAUAAAUACAAGUAAGUUACUGGACGCCUGCAGCUCUGUCGAUCCUCUUAAAGAGUGCUGCAGACCUGUAUGCCAACCUGCUAUUGUGGAGGCUGCAGUCCGAAUCUCUUCAACGGUGUCAGACAACCUUGUUAAUGCAAACAUAGCUGGGGAGCCUGAUGAAUUAGAUGUUCUUGGUGAUUGUAAAGGGGUGGUUUCUUCGUGGCUUUCCAGAAAACUCUCAGUAGAUGAUGCCAACACUGCAUUCCGGAUACUCUCUGCGUGCAAGGUCAACAAAGCUUGUCCUUUGGAUUUCAAGCAACCGUCAGCUGUAAUCUCAGCAUGCCGUGACUUAGCUGGUCCAAAUCCUUCCUGUUGCAGCUCAUUGAAUACUUACAUUGCUGGUAUACAGAAGCAGAUGCUAAUUACAAAUAGACAAGCCAUACAUUGUGCAGCUUCAUUUGGGGCUAUGUUACAGAAAGGUGGUGUCAUGACAAAUAUCUAUGAGCUUUGUGAUGUGGACUUAAAAGACUUCAGUCUUCAGGCUUAUGGGCAAGAAGGUUGUCUGCUUCGAAGUUUGCCUGCAGAUGUUGUAUUUGACAAUUCGUCCGGCUUCAGUUUCACAUGUGAUUUGAGUGAUAAUAUUGCUGCACCAUGGCCUUCAUCCUCCUCAAUUUCAUCACUGUCCCUGUGUGCCCCAGAGAUGUCAUUGCCUGCUCUUCCAUCACUGCACAAAUCUGGAAAUGCUGGCUACUAUAUCGGCGAAGGAAUCAGGAUACUUGUACCAGUUUUUUCUGUAUUAGUUUUAUUUAGUAGUGUAGUGUAGUGUAGCGAGAGGAGUAGAUGAGUGUUCGGCGGGCCUUUGCCCUUUGAGCUGGAUUACAUGUAUAUCUGAAUUCUCAUGUAUAGUAGCUUUUGUUGAGGUUUUUUUUCUUCUCAA